GUGAAGGGGACAGAGCGGACAGAGCGAACCGACAGAGUGCGUAGCAUCUUCAUCUAAGAAGUGUCUUCUUCGAGUUUAAAUCCUUUUCAGAGAAAAGAAAGAAAGCGUACAAUGUUUCCUGAAUCUUGCACAGAUUAUGGUUAUGAGGCCUGCAAGGCAACGUCGGACUGGCUGCUGGAGCAGGCUCCCGUGCGCCCCCUGGUGGGUAUCGUGUGCGGCUCAGGCCUCGGCAGCCUCGCUGGUAUGCUGAAGGAUCAGAAGGUUUUUAUGUACAACGAUAUCCCCAACUUUCCACAAAGCACAGUGCAUGGUCAUGCUGGUCGAUUGGUGUUUGGUACUCUUAAGGGAAAGCCAUGUGUUUGCAUGCAGGGACGUUUCCACCUUUAUGAAGGAUAUCCUAUCCACAAGAUCACCAUGCCGAUGCGCAUCUUUAAACUGCUGGGUGUCCAAGUAGUCAUCUUGACAAAUGCCGCAGGAGGACUAAACCAAGACUACAAAGUUGGAGACAUCAUGGUAAUCAAGGACCACAUCAACUUCCCGGGUUUCGCUGGAAACAAUCCUUUAUGUGGACCAAAUGAUGAGAGGUUCGGAACACGCUUCCCGUGCAUGUCGGAUGCCUACGACAGGCAGCUGAGGCAGCUGGCUCAGGAAGUGGGUGCUGAGCUUGGCUACUCUAACUUCCUUAAGGAGGGCGUGUACUCUGUCCUCGGCGGUCCGUCCUUCGAGACCAUCGCUGAAUGCAGAAUGCUAAACCGUAUGGGUGCUGAUGCUGUGGGAAUGAGCACAGUCCAUGAGGUGAUAGUGGCCCGUCACUCCGGAAUACGAGUCUUUGCCCUCUCUCUUAUAUCUAAUAAGGCUGUGAUGGACUACACCAGUGAAGAAAAGGCCAAUCACGAGGAGGUCCUGGAGACAGGAGAGCAACGCGCUCAGCAGCUGGUCAAGCUGGUCUCCACCCUUGUUUCUCGCAUCAGCCAGCCUGCUGAUUUGUAACUUGUAAAUCUUUACUGACUUGUUAAUGAGUUGUUAGAUGAUUGUAAACGGAUCCACACUCCCCUCUAUAUUUAUAAGUAAAUUUAAGAAAUAUGGCACUGUAACCUACUAGCCCAAAAAAAUUAAUAUAAAAUUGUCUAAUACGUAGGAUUAGACUUUGUUAUACUGUACUUGUGUGUACUGUAAAUAAAUGUUUACAUCCCUAAGGGAAAGAGUUUUGAAAAAGAUAAUUCCAGUGUAAAGUCUUAACGCUAAUGAGCAAUGACAGUGUAGGGUGAGUGUUGCCAAUAGUGUGGAAAUGUACUCUUUUCGAAAAACCAGACUAUUUAUUAGAUGUAUAAAAAGUCAUCUUUAACUUAAAGUGUGUAGUGAUGAUGAAAAAGUGUUUUAUUAUUUUAUUUAUUUUUUUCCUUAAUAACUAAAGGUAUGCUCUGGGUUGUCUUUCAAUGCUAGCUUUUGAAAACAUUUAAUAAACAUGUUACAUUUCAUUUUAUUUUUUACAUAAUGUCUCUGACACCAAAGCUUACAAUGUAACGUCAGGACUGUUUUAUAAAGCUUAUAUUAAAUUUACAAAUGUAA